GCGAAUGGUGUCUGAGAAAUCUCUCUGAUACAGAGUAGGCCGAGAGAGAGAGAGAGAGAGAGAGAGAGAGAGAGAUUUGCUCCAAAUCUUCUUAUUUUUUGUGUAAAAUAAAUAUUUGUUUUUGAUAUAUAUAUAUAUAUAUUUUUUUUUUUUCGUUUUGAAUAAAAAGCAAAGUGAAAAAAACAUUGUGGUAGCUGGAACUUCGAAUCCUUUUGCGAAGUUCGUGUGUGCGGCUCUGCCUUAGUCUUUGUGCGAAACUGACUGGAAUAAUUGGAUUCUCAGCAAGUUCGAAGAGAAGAUGUCGGGUCGAGGAGGGGGAGGAAGAGGAGGAAGGGAUCGGUAUCGGAGGGAUUACCAUCCUAGAUAUGAGGAUAAGAGCAGCAGCCAUUCUGGGUCUGGACGUUAUAACAGCAACAGUCGCAAAAUUGCACCACCAUCCAGACACUUGUGGGUUGGGAAUCUUUCUCACAGUUUAUCGGAGGAUGAACUCACUCAUCAUUUCUUGUACUUUGGAGACCUCGAAAACGUCGCAUUUCAGCCUGGUCGUAGCUAUGCUUUCCUUAACUUCUGCAGCGAAGAUGAUGCAAUUGCCGCCCUGAAGUCCCUUCAAGGUUUUCCUGUUGCAGGCAACCCGCUCAGGAUUGAGUUUGCCAAGGCGGAUAAAUCUUCAGCAUCAUCACAUGAGGAAGAUUAUUCUCAAUAUGAAAAUGAUCAAUACUCAGAUUUAAGAGAAUCUCCUUUCUUGCAAAGGGAGUUUAGAGACCGGCGUACUAGUCCUGAACAAUUUUAUCCUGAGAAAUCUAGUAUGAGUCAUAAGAAUGCUGAGCCUAGUGCAGUUUUAUGGAUAGGUUUUCCAGCUUCAUUGAAGGUGGAUGAAAUUAUUUUAAGGAAGGCUUUCUUACCUUUUGGUGAGAUAGAGAAAAUCACUGCAUUUCCAGGCCGUAGUUAUGCCUUUGUUCAGUUCAGAAGUGUAACUUCAGCUUGCAGGGCUAAAGAUGCUUUACAGGGGAAAUUAUUUGGAAACCCUCGUGUACAUAUUUGUUUUGCAAAGAGUGAAUCUGGCUCAUCUAAUGUGGGAAGGAACUCAAUUAAUGCGCCUUCAUCUCCCCAUUUAAGAUUGAAUAGUCGCCUGGGAUCUUCUGAGAACUUUUGGCAGGAUAGGAAGUUUGGGAGCUUAACAGGAGAUCCCAGCACUAAAUCUCAAAUUUUCUCAGAUUUGGAUUCUGGUGAUUCUGAUUCCUACAGCACGAAUAGGAAGACUGCUUUAUGGUCAAGUGGAAUUAACUCUUUUGAGAAGAGGAGGUUUGGAGAAGUUGGUCCAGAACUAGGAGUUUCACCAGAUAGGUAUGAAUAUCAGAGUAGUCCUACAAGAGAGAAAUAUGGUCAUUUACAUGAUAUUUCUCGGAGGCUUCCUCAGACAAGUAUAUUAUAUGAAGAACCGUGGGACUUGCCAGAAGAUGCCCGUUUUUGUCAUGGAGCUAAGAAAUUAAAGAUUUCCUCUUUUCCUCUAGAGAAAGAGCUUCCAGAUUAUCCUUUUUCUGAUUCUGAACAAGAGAAACAUGUUUUUCCUAGAUCAUACUCUGAUUAUCCUCAAGCUGACCACUUUGAUAGAAAAUUUGAUGCUGGACCUUUGGCUUACAAGCGGAUCCAUGAUUACCCGAUGAAUUUGUCACUUCCUCAGGAAGAAAGGAGUGAUCAGUGGAAAGAAUCUUAUGAUAGUCUUCAGUUAGGAUCUGCAUCUCUGUUAUCAAAUCCUGUUGAUAGGAAACGAUUGACACCUGAAUCAGAUCGUUCUUCUUUGAAUGAAUGGAAAUGGGAAGGUACCAUUGCCAAGGGAGGAACUCCUGUUUGUCGUGCUCGUUGCUUUCCUGUUGGGAAAAUCCUUGACGUCAUGUUACCUGAAUUUUUAGAUUGCACUGCGAGGACUGGUCUGGACAUGCUUUCAAAGCAUUACUACCAAGCAGCAAGUGCUUCGGUGGUCUUUUUUGUCCCUGAAAGUGAUGCCGAUAUUGGAUUUUACAAUGAGUUUAUGAAUUACCUGGGGGAGAAAGAGCGAGCUGCAGUUGCCAAGUUAGAUGAAAAGACGACCUUGUUUCUUGUGCCUCCGUCAGACUUCUCUCAGAAAGUACUGAAAGUACCUGGGAAACUGAGCAUAUCUGGGGUUAUUUUGAGGUUAGAGCAUCCUAGUUCCAAUAUUGGUUCUAUUCACCCUGAGCAAGAACGAAGAGAUACAAACUUGUUAUCCUUUCCUGGGAAUACUUCGACAUCUUUUCCUGAUUCAAGUAGAUCAGGAGUCAGCAAUCUAUCUUUUUCAGGGAAUGUAAUUUCAUCAGCUCCAACUGCAUCUUUCUCAGGCUCAGGUCAUGCUGUUAGUAGUAGAUCGGACCCUAGAGAGGACAGGCAUGAAUAUCAUCCACUCCAUGGAAAUCCUAGGUCAGGACCAAACUGGUCUUCUCAACAAAUGCAGGACUCGGUUCCAGGCUCUAGAAUCACACCAUCACAAGUGUCCCAUAGUCGUAUUGAUCCUAGGAUUCAGGAUCAUCCUUUGGUUGUGACAAGGGCAAUGCAAGAAACAGGACCUGCUAAUUCUACAUAUGGAACUUCUGGUAUUCCAUCAUCCGGAAAUAGCAAGUCAUCUUUGCAGGAAAUGCAAUCAGGAGUUUCUUUAUCCAUGCCUAAUGCAUCUCUGCAGUCACAACAACUUGCGCAGUUGGCAUCCUCUCUCCUUGGGCAGCAGAGGCACUCGGGAAGCAAUGCUAGUGCAUCUGGAGGGAAUGAUUUUCGGCAGAUUAAUGCAAUGAUUGAAUCAGAAAACAUGUUUGGAGCAUCUCAGAAAUAUACUUCAGAUGGUAAUUCUCAGUUUGGUCAAGUUAAAUUGCCACAGCAAUCACUGCAACAGACAUCAAAUGUUUCUCCAGCGCCUCACUUGAUUGAAAGAGAGCUCAAGACAGGAGCACAGGGAAAUCAACAACUUCAGAAUCCGAGCUCACAAGAAGAAGCUGAAGCAGAUCCACAGAAGCGCCUGCAAGCAACAUUACAGCUAGCAGCAGCUCUUCUUCAACAAAUCCAACAAGGGAAAGGAAAUUGAGCAGCAAUGGUGGUCUUCAUCAUCUUUUUGUGCGAGAAUGUCGACUGUUAACAGGGCUGGCCCAACUUGGUUUGCGGCCUAAUGUGAGGAAUAAAAAUGGUACCUUUUAAUUACAUUGUAUUUUUCUAAUAUUAAUUAGUCUGUGUUAACAGCAUUUAUUUUUUCUUGUAAGCUUUGAAUAUAGUGGGAAUGUUUGGCAUGAAUGUAUUCGUGGUUUUCAUACUUCUUUUCGAA